AUGCUUAAGAGUGAGCAGAUCUUGUAUAUUCACCCUAACUUGUCCUGUGUCCCCUGGGAGGGCAGUGCAGCAGCAGCUGUGCCUCCCACUUCUCUUCCUGUAUCUGGCCUCUACCAUAUCAUCUACCGAGGAUGUAGAGAAACCCAGGUGGGCUGGCACGGGGAGACACACUGCCUGGUUUGUGGCUUCCAGGUCUAUGGUGAUGCUUCUUUAGCAAAGUCCAGAACAGAGAAGCCACUCCUGUGUUGGGCUCCCAAGAGACCUCAAACUCUGGCAGAGUUGGACAAAGUCCUGAGUUGCUCUGUCCCCAAAACUUGGCACUUGCGGUGUGUGGGAACAAGAUCAGUUCGCAGAAGCUUGCUGGCCGAGCCCUUCAUGGAGGACAAAUGUCUAACUGCCUUAGAUGCUUAAUGCCCCUUCUGCAGUGACCUCCGUUGUCCACCACUGGAGACAGAGGCUGGGCCACUCUGCCGGUAGCCCCCUUCCAUACUAACUGCCCACGAACUGGGGUUUGAAGUGAGAAGCUGCUUUGAACAUCCCAGGGCUGAAGCUAGCCUGGAAGAAAACCUGAUGCUCCUCUGCCCGAUCCUGUAGAGUUUCUUCUUGGGCAGAAGAAAGAAAAGCCUGCAUUCUGCCAGCCGAGGAGAAGUCAGGAGCAGAGACGGGGUGCAGAGUGGCCAGAAUGGGCCCAGUCCGCCAGAGGGACUCCUCCCCUGAGUCAUUGCCCACACAAAACAGGAAGGAGCGGGCUUCCUGAAACUGGAAGCAGCAAGCUGUGGCUACCCAGGGAGUCUCCUGCCUGGGGUGUUAGGAGACAGAAUAAAGAAACCUAGCGAGCCCAUCUUCCUGGAGCAGGAACAGUACAGAUAAAGUCAAGCAAUACACCCCUGAGGCGCGUAUGCUUCCUUACCCCAGUCCUUUGUAGCACCAGUGGAGUUCCUGCUGCUCAAUAAAAAUUUGUUUCUGGCUUGAACUUCCUUUUAUCCAACAAGUCCAAGCCCCUAGCCUCCCUUUGCUCCUGAAGUACAUUCCUUUGUGGAGGACCUUGUCUUAUAGCACCUUCUGUUCUCAAAAUAGACCCCUGGGUGCACCAUCAGUGU